AUGAAAGCAACAGUGGAAUAUGAAAACGAUUUAUCGACGAAUGAAGAAAUGGUGGCCUUUCCUUCUGUCGUCAUACCAUCACCACCGCCGAUUACAGGACCCGAUUGGAGACAAGACGCAGAUCCUUACUUUCUACUUCCCUAUAUCCUUUUCGAUCCUCUUGGACAACAUCCGGCUUUUCGCGCCAAAAAAAGAAAACUGUAUUGUCGUUUGUGCGCUGAAGAUGGAAGAUGUUCUUUGCUAUCAAUGGGAAGCGUCAAUGAAUGGAAUAAUGCAAGAAAAGACAGAUCAAACCCCCUAAUGUUGUUCGACGUUGAAAGUCCAGUGCUGCUUGUAAGCAAAGUAUAUAAAUGUGAGCAUGGUCACGAUAUACCCGCAGGCUAUUUCCACGACACCUCAGAGGAUUAUACGUGCGUGCCAUUUGUUCUCACACACCGAUCUGGUAUGACUAUGCGAUUGUCAAAUGAAAUUGAAGAUUUAUUAGAUAGAGGAUUAGCAAUAUCGGCUGUUGAAGAGCUCAUAAAAGAAAGGUACAAAAGAACAUUAAGAAACAGGUUUUCUCAAAUUUCUAAAUGA